GUAUUUUAAAUAAAAGAGAACAUAUCGUUCAGCGUCAGUAGUGUUCCGUCACUGGAGAGUUAACAUACCGCAGUAUUUUCCUAUGAUACUGUUGUGAAAGAACGUAACUUACAAAACACCUGGCUUAAUUUUUUGCUGUAGGCAGGAACUACAAAAUUAUUGUGUUAAUACGCGAAGGAUUUAUUUACAUCUCGUGAUAAGAUCUUGUGAUUUAUAUAGUUUUUUGAAAAUAGUUUAAACAGAAACAUGAAGUGUGAUUAUUCUAAGACGUUGCUACAGUUUCUCGUGUCGAUAGUUUCAAUUGUUUCCCUUUCGGAACAGUCCUCGACGUGUCCACCUAAUCCCCAUGAGAAGGUUCAACAAUGUACAGACAAUGUGCUUCCAAACCUUAACAAACAAUCACACACUACAGAAACAGACAGAAGUAAAAUACAACAUGCCAAAGAAACAUGCAAGGACUCGAGGUUACCGGAAGUGGCCGAUUGUAUACAAGAUAUUCUAGAUCGUUGCCGAGGGACCACAGAUGCGGAGCAAACGCUACAAAGACUUAUAGACAAAGACAAAGUUGUAAGCACUGUCGACUAUUUUUGCAGGCACAUGGAAGUUUACGAAGAGCAAGCGGUAUGUAUUUCUCAAUAUCACGGAGAAACAGCAAAUUGCAGCAAAUAUGCUCAUGAUAAUUUUAAAGCCAAAUUAACUGCAGGGGCAAAUAUGGACGUCCUUAUAAUGGGAACAUGUAGGUUUCACUCUGUAGCUAGAAGCUGUCUUACCAACACAACACAGCGCCAUUGUGGAUCGAGCGCAGCAACUUUUGUUUACACCCUGCUUACGGGGCUAAUACCGCCAUUUUGCGAGACCAUGAAUCCAGAGUAUACCAACGUGCAAACAACUCGGGGUUUUAAUAAUGAAAGAAAGCAGAGCGUUGAAUCAAGCGCAGCGCAUUGUCAUUCAUCGUUAUAUGUUCUGUUCGUUUUUAUUUUUAUGCAGUUUUUUAAAUGAACAUAUUGUAACAGUCUUAAACAGAUAUGAAUCUCAAAUGCUAUUUUAUUUUUUAUGGAUUGCGCAAGAAAAAAAUUAAUGAAGAAGAUAAGCCAUACUUGGAAUGUUUUAUAAAUUUCCAGUUAUAUUAUUAUUUAAUUAUUUCUUUUAUUCCUCCAACAUUUCAAUUCAUAGUUUGAUAGAUUUAACAGAUUCUAAACGCUGUCAUAUUGCUUUUGCAAAGAUGCUCUUACAUAUUUUUAACACUUUCAAAUCACCCGAGAAUGAAGUGUUUAGUACAAACAUAAUAAUUAUGUUUGAUUAUAAGAAAACACAUAUUAAACGUUUUCCAGUGUAUGUUACGUUACUUAGACUAUGGAACGCCUAAUGUCUUAAGAUUAUAUUGACACAGUUAGCGAUUAGCAUGUGUAGAAAGCAAUGCCUAAUUGACGUGGAUCACCGAAGGAACAAAACCAUACAAGACAUGUGUGGCGUUCCAUAAAGCCCAAAAAUAUCUGUGAUAUUAACAUGUACAUAGUUGGUAUGUCUUUAAAUGACCAUACAGAUAGAAAUAAUGUUAAUACAUUGUAUAGUGUUAACCAUGUCCAUGAAUACCUGAGUUGUUACUAGUGACUUGGUACAAAACAAUGGUGAUUAAAUUACGUAUAUAUUUAAACACGGAUUUAUAUUACAUAAAUCCGUGAUUUAAAUUAAGUAUAUAUUGUACGGAAAGGCUAGAAUAGCCAUAUCUCAGCUGCUGUUGAUCUACUUUCUUUUUGCUUUACUGUAGUUAUCAUUUGCAUGCCUAUAUUUUGGAUAGUUUGUGUUGAAACCAAAGAUUCGAGGCAUAUUUGUUUAGUACCAAGCCUACAGAAUAUGUGUUUGAGUGAAUGAAUUGUAAUGAAUUAUGAUCAUAUUUAUUCAUAAAUAUCCAUUUGACAUGAAAAUGCCUAUACCUUAUGCUGACAUAAUAUAUUGUAAUUGUGCACGUUUGUAACGCUAAUUUUCAUUGGAUAAUCGUAGCGUGUAUAUAAACUACAUUUGUUGGUUCAGGGCUGUAGUCAAUUUAUGAAGUUAUUUCAUUUAUUUUUUCUUAAAUAACUGAAGUUAACUGCAUUAUACUUUUUGUUAUAAAGAUUAUUGAAAGGUUAUUUGACUGUUUAUAAACAGCUAUUUGCAAUAUAUUCCUCGCCUAGCGGCUCGGAAAAUAUAUAAAAACAACCGUUUAUAUAGGGUCACGUAACAUGUCAAAAAUCUUUAUAACUAAAAUUCACUGCUGUUGUAGAUUUAUGCUGUUAUUUCAUUUUUCCAAAAAUAAAGGAAUUGUGCCUAGAGCCUCGGACCAUAUAAGCUGAUACCUUUUAUACUGGGCAAUAUAGCUGAUCAAGAAUCUUUAUGUAUUUCGUAGGCGGUUUACAUCCAUAUUUUGUUGUAAACUUUAAGACGAGUUGUUAACGCUUUAGACUAGUAAUCUAAAGAUGUCUGACCGCGUGGGUUCAAGUCCCAUCAAGGGUAAGCCGUUGUUUCCUUGAGCAAGAAACUUUACACUCAUUGCGUAGUACUGGUUGGUUCCAGGCACGGAUUCGAGAGUGUUUUAAUAAGCUUAUAGCUUCCAACACAAUCGAACUAAGAUUUUAUAUAAUUGUUCAAUUCUGAUACUAUUAUUAGAUAAGUAUCGUAUUGAUAAACAUAUAUUGUAAUUAUUAUUUGAAAAAGAAGACUAUACGUUGUUAUAGACUUUUGUUUGGAGGUUUAAGAAAAGAGUCUGUAUUUAUUAUAUAGGCGUAUUAACGAGAAUGAUCUUUGUUUUAAUGAUCCUUUUCGGUUUAUUGGUUCUCCAAUCGACAUAUAAAUUCAGAAGUCAAAAACUGAAUUUACUGCGCAAGACUUAGUUGGAUUGGAUGUCUUGCUUUGUCAUUAUCAGAUGCUGAAAUGGUCUUGCUUUGAACUGUGUCAAGUGCCGUGUGAUAGCCGUAAAAUGUUGCCCCAUACUUCACUUCAAAGUUGUUAUUUUUUCCCUGUCCAUCAGGAUCAUUGGUUCCAACAUUUUAAGUGUUGAAAUUGAGUAUCGCUCAAGCCGGUGCCGGGUGUGAGGGAUGUUGCAUUUUUUCACCCCUCAUGUACAGACUCAAUCAAACCGAGUCUGCAAUUUUCAUGUAAUUUAGUCAUGAUAAAUGCUUCCAAGGGAUCACCCCUUUAAAAGAUAUUUAAAAAGUAGUUGACAUAGAGGCUUAGCAAAUCAAGUACGCGUACGGACCAAUUUUGAACAGUGGAAUGGUAAAACGUUUUACAUACCUCGUUUCCCUAUUUUUAUUCGUGUGAAUUAAACAAGUGUGACUAUGUUAUUCAUAGACAAUAGAAAUAUGCAAUCUAUUUUUAUCAAAUGUUUUCAUAUACACGUAUUUAUAUGUUCUGUUUCGUACUUUUUUUCUUGACUUGUAUAUUUUUUGUCUUAUUAUAUAGCAUUAAGGGUGUAUAUUUUUAUCAUUCUUUUAUUUUGUAAAAUUAUGUUCCAACCCAUAUACUAUAUUUAUAUUUAUGAUUUGUAUUGAUAUGAGAGCCAAUAACGUGGUGGUAUAAAUGGUGUAUACUCGUAUAUGUAACUUCUUGUAAAGGGGUUUUAUGGCUAAUAUCUCAGAAGCAUCAGUGUCACGUGACAGUCAUAUACUAUUUUGGUAUUGCAAAAUGACCUUUAAGAGUACAUGUACGAAACUUUUGAGCAAUGCAAUGAUGUCAGUAAUUACAAAA